CAGGAAGGAGAAGGGUCAUAAAUUAUAAUUUAAUUUUGGGCCUUCAUGGAAGAACUUCAACAAGAAGAAGGGCAGAAGUGCUUUGGAAAUUGAAGGGUAGGUUUUGUAGCUUUGACUUGAACUUGGACGUUGUACUAGUAGCGCCAUCACAGGCAUUGCAGUUUGUCCACAAAAGUAAAAGUAUCCUUAUUGAAUCCUUCAUGUGAGAAGCACUCUUCGAGGUGGUCGCAUAGAUAGCAAACAAUUGCAACAAACUUUUCGCUUCCUUCACCAGCAAAACUUGUGAUUUUGUUCAGCUAGCAUCAUGUUCAACAAAAAGAAAAACUUCCGGCGCAAAGUCUCGGACAGUGAGCAGGAGGAUGGGGCGGGCGGAGAUAAUGACCAGGGCGUCAGGGUUAAGGAGAAAACCAAGGUUAAGGAGAGCAAACCGCGGGCGCCGAGUUUGCUCAGCUUUGGGGGGGAUGCAGAGGAGGACGGGGAUGCAUCGGGGGCGGGGGUGAAGCUGAAAAAGGAAAAGAAGAAAAGCAUGGUGCCUAGUCACAAAGCCCUCGGGAGUGCAACUAGAGGGGGGGGUGAAAAGCCGGCGAGUGGGCUGCAGCCUGCGGCGGGCGAGUACACGGCGGAACGGCUGGCAGAGUUGAAAAGCGGGUUGAGGACGAUACCCGGGGGGUUUGCGAAGGAGCCCGAGCCGAUAAUGGUGCUCAAGGGGGGAUUUAAACCUGCGGACUUGGCAGAGAAAGAAGCCCCCCUGAAAGAGAGGAGUAAUCCAGAUGCGGCGGGAGUCAGACCCAGCGGUCUGGAGGAUUUAACCAGCGGGUUAGGCAAGGGUUUGUCGUACAUCCCCGACGAAGACAUGAUCCGUGCAGCGAAACUGAAGCGGGAGAAGCUGAGGCAGGCGCAGGCUGCCCCCGAUUAUGUUCCGCUCGCUUCAGGGGCGCCCAGCGACAGGCUGGACAAGUACACGGGCGCUGACCCCCCGGAAAGGAAAGAGGACGCCGAGAGCAGUGAGGACGAGGGGGAAGUGCGCACGCGAAUGUCGUUUUUGGGGGACGUAAAAAAACUAGGGGGGGUGGCUGAGAAGGGCGUUUUUGGGGGGGGGGAGCAGCAGAUGGAUCAUGAUGACGAAGAAGAGGAUCGGUGGGAGAUGGAACAGAUGAGAAAAGCGGUGAAGGCCGUCAAGUCGAAGGACGAGAAGAAGGCGCAGGGGGGGGGAUCCGGGUGGGGCGAUCUGUUGCAGAAGCGGAACAUUCUCUCGAUCUCCAACCAGGGUGAAUCGGCGGUGAAAAGCUUGCGAGAGACGCUGUUCAAGAUGAAGGAGAGCGAGGCGCGCGCGCGCGCCGCGCUGCGGCAGAACGAGGAGCGGGUCCAAAGCGCGGAGGAGAGCGUCCGGGAACUAGAGCGGGGAAUGACCGAGUCGUCCGAGCGGUACGUCUACGUCCAGAAGCUGCGGGACUACGUCGCGGAACUGUGCGACUGUCUUCGCGACAAGGGCGCACUGAUCGAAGAACUUGAGGAGCAGAUGCAGAGACUCCAGGAGGAGCGCGCGUCAGCGUUAGCCGAGCGACGGGCCGCUGACGUCAGCGCUGAGGUGGCGGAGUCCGAGGCCGCCACGUCAGCGGCGAUGGCCGCUCUGGGGCGCGGGGCGGGGGCCCUGGCCGCGAGCGUCGCGGCCGCUGAGGCUGCUGCCCGGGUUAGGGACGGGUUAGAGCUAACUUCUCAGGUGGACGAGUUUGGGCGUGAUGUCAAUCUGCAGAAACGGAUGGAGGCGCGGAGAAGAGCAGAAGCGCGGGCGCGCCGGCGGGCGCGCGCGCAGGCGAGGCGCGCGGAGCGAACUCCCGGGCGGGGGGCGCAUGCGAACGGGAACGGGAGAGCUUCCUCUCCUUCGGAGGGGGACCGGUUGGACGGCGAGACGUCCUCUUCGGAGAGCGAGGACGAAGUCUCGGCGUUUGAGAAGGGGCGCGGGGAGCUCGUCCUGGCGGCCGAAGCCGUGUUCCGGGAUGCCGACGAAGAGUUCCGAACGCUUGCCAAAGUGAAAGAGCGGCUCGAGGAGUGGAAGCGGAAAUACCCCGCCGCGUAUCGAGACGCGUACGUGUCGCUCAGCGCGCCGGCCCUCUUUGCGCCGUAUGUGAAGCUGGAGCUACUGAAGUGGGAUCCGUUACAUGGGGAGGCAGGGUUUGACGGCGUGCGGUGGUAUCAGGAGUUGUUCGAGUACGGAAUGGGAAACUCGAACGGAGCGGAGCCGGAUCCGGAUGAUGCGGACGCAAACAUGGUGCCGACGCUGAUCGAGAAGGUCGCGCUCCCCAUCUUACUCCACCUGAUCACUUACUGCUGGGAUCCCCAAAGCACGAAACGGACCGUCCAAAUUGCCGCUGCCGUGUCCGAAGUCCAGAUCUACGUGCCCCCCGAGUCCGAACCCGUCCGAGAUUUACUCUCCGCCGUCCGAUCCCGGAUUGCUGACGUGGUCGAGAAGCUGGUCGUGCCCGCGUGGACACCAGCGCUUUUGGCAGCCGCACCCCAGGCCGUUGCGGUUUCUGCCGAACACUUUGGCGCCGCAGUGCGCGUCCUCCGCAACAUCGUUCUCUGGCGCGACAUCUUGCCUCCCGGCGACCUCGAAACCCUGGCGCUCGACCAGCUGGUCGCCGCAAAACUGCUCCCCCACCUCAGGACGCUCCUGACGACGCCUUCGGACGCUCUCUUGCGGACGGGCCGGCUGGUGUCCGCGCUUGCGGGCGCGUUCACAAAACGGGGGGAGGGUUUCGCUGCCAAAUUGGCCCCCCUGGUGGAGUUUUUGGACGUCAUGGGGAGGGCGCUGGAGGGGCGGAAAGCCGCGGGGGCCGCGUUUGAGGACACGUUGACGCAGGCAGAGCGGUUGAGGAGAUUGUUCGUGGAACUAGAGGCGCGGGACAAGGCCCGGCGGCUGGCCAAGUCGUUCGGGCUGAAAGAGGAGCAGUAGCGAAAGUCGGAUGCGCUGUGCUUUGCACACUUUCGUACAACAUGUAUAUUUCCGCUGCCAAAAUCGGUGGGUACCAAGUCUUGGUGACUUGCUUUGUGGACUGUCGGAUCAGGUCGUUUUCUGCCGUGUACGGUCCGGAACGAGGGCAAUGCCGGUCUUAAUCUACAUUGUGUUGGUCCCUGCUUUUUGGCCUUCAGUGCGCACCCAGUUUGAGGAAGAACCCAGUUGACAGGGUUGCCUGGGCGCGGAGCAUAUCAGCGUGCACAUUGUAGAAGUUGCAACGGCUUAUGCAACCACCGAUGUACCGAGUUGGGCCUUGAAGGCAACGGUCCUUGCACUCCGCGCAGCACUUGAAAUCAGCAAUGGUUGAUUACGGCUCCCGC